AUGGUGUUGCCAAAUUUUGCAGAAUGUCUCCUCGCCGCAGUCGGCGCGAACUCAAGCCUUGUGGCAUUUCCGUGGCAAGCAAACUAUUCCAGCAUUGUCGCCCCGUAUAACUUGGACUAUCCAGUGGUUCCUGCUGCUGUAGCUUUUCCACACACAGCUAUUCAAGUUUCUGCUCUUGUAAAAUGCGCUGUAAAGUCGGGGUAUAAAGUGCAACCCAAGAGCGGUGGCCACAGCGCUGCCAACUAUGGCUCAUCCACAGGAGAACUUUCAAUCAACCUUCAGUAUCUCCAGAAUUUCUCCAUGGACACAUCGACGUUCCGCGCGACUGUUGGAGCUGGAGUGCACUUGGGAGACCUAGAUGUGCUAACGUACAAUGCUGGACAGCGGUUUGUUCCACACGGCCCAAGUGCCACUAUCGGUAUCAGCGGCCAUGCAACUGUUGGAGGCGCAGGAUAUGGGUGGCGCGAGUACGGCCUGACGAUAGAUUACAUCCAGGAAGUUGAGGUUGUGCUGGCCGACGCGACCAUCGUCAGAGCGUCUGCAUCACGGAACCCCGACCUCUUCUUCGCGAUACGGGGCGCAGGAGCGAGCUUCGGUAUAGUUACGGAAUUCGUCUUUAAUACGUUCCCUGCUCCACCGCAGACGAUAAGUUUUACGUACUUCUGGAAUACCUCUGACGUCGCUUUAAGGGCAGCGAUCUUCAAAUCCUGGCAAGCCUUGACUUACAACUCUAGUGUCCCCUGGGCCCUCGAAACAAUAUUUGGUAUCACGAACAGUAGUGUCUUAAUGUCGGGAGCAUAUUUUGGGUCAUUGGAUGGCUUCAAUGGCCUCGGAAUUCCGUCCCUAUUCCCGCCGACACCAAUAAGCAGCGCCGUCGUCUACACAAAUUUCCUGAAUCUAUCGCAGCUGUGGGCUCAGCAGACCGCAGAGACUGGAAGAGAAUCUGAUGCGUUUUUCUACACCAAGUCAACUAUUUUCCGUCCCAAGACGCGCAUUCCCGACGAUGUCGUGAACCGGUUGUUUGAGUAUCUCGCUACCACGGACAGCGGUGCCGAGGUCUGGACUGUUGAGCUUCAGGCCGGUGGCGGACAAAACGGUGCACUUCCAGCCUCCGAGACUGCGUUUCCUCAUCGAGACGCCGCGUUUGUUUUCCUCUCGUAUGCCGCGACGAAUGCGGACGUGACGGCGACGACUACAUCCUUCCUUGAUGGUCUCCAUGCUCUAGCGAAAAGCGGCAACCCAGACGCGUACUAUGGCGAGUAUGUGGGAUUCAUUGAUGCAAAGGAGCAGCCGGAUCAAGCGCGAUAUCAUUAUUGGGGAUCCAACUUACGGAGGUUGGAAAAGGUCAAGGCUGCUUAUGAUCCUCUUGACGUGUUUCACAAUAAGCAGAGCGUCUUGCCUAAGUGA